AAGGUGUUUCAAGGACACUUGAGGCACCACAUGUCAAAUACUGGUAUCAGGGUCACUGAGGCUCGUAACAAACGUCAUAGGCGGAAAGUCAUACUUGAGCAAGUGGAAGAUCUGAUACCACUAAAGUCCCUUACUUUUGCUAACUAUUCAAUUAAGAUUCUAGACAGAAAAAUCCUUACACUUGCACGUUUCUAAAUCCUUUUCCUAUCGUUGGUUUACAUAGUGUCUUGUUUUCCGUCAUAGUGACCUUGGCUAGUCCUAUAUGCGGUAUUGUAAGCUGUCGUAUCAUCAUGUGUGUUGGAGGUUUUCUCCUAACUGGAGCUUUCCUCUCCGGCUAUUUUAUCCUCAAUUUCUACAGUUUUGCAACAAUAGGAGCCAUAGCAGGUGUUGGAGGUGGCCUUUCGAUAGCAGCCAGCCUUAUGGCAUUCCGAGGCUACUUUGACAGGAAGCGCCAUAUCGCCCUCGCGUUAAUACUUGCUGCUAACGGAACCGGAAGUAUUAUAGGGCCACCAAUCGUAACAUUCCUGUUAAGUGAAUUUGGACUUCACGGUUCACUUAUGAUGUUAUCUGGUAUUUAUCUCCACGGUGUGGUUGGCGGGGCGCUCAUCAGGCCGAUACCCUCCGAUCUAUCUCAGAAGACACCUCAUCAAAUUGAGCGUCCUGAGAGGCUGCUAUGUGUAAUCGUCCACGCCUACAGGGUAUACGUCGACAAAGCAUUGUUUGGCAGCAUCCUCUUCUAUCUGUGUCUUAUCAUCUUCUUUCUUCUAUCUGAUCGGGUUUAUGGUAACAUAUUCCCGUCUUCCUGAUCACAUGGACCAAUCUAACGUUUACACUGGAGGAAGCCUCGACAACCCUUCUCCUUACCGGGGCAGCUAACACUCUGGGUAAACUGGUCGGAAUGGUAUCAGUGGAUAAGACACCUCGACUUUCUCGCUUUCUCUACAUGUGUGCAUGUGUCCUCAGCGGAGGCUCGCUUAUGACAAUCCCAUUAUGCGUAGAUAUUGUCCACUUUUACGCUGCAGCUGUUGGUUUUGGAUUUUUCUUCGGUAAUAUUCACUACCUGGGCAGUAUGCUCUUUAUUGAGUUUUUCGGGCCAGACAGAUUAUCGGGAUGUUUCGGUAUGGUUUAUUUGUCCUACACAAUCGCUUCUUUCACCGGAAAUCCUCUGGCGGGAAUGGUAGCGGAAAUGACGUCAUUUCGCGGGGCUGAGUUCAUGUUUAUUGGUUCCAGUAUUGUACUUGCUGGUUUUGUUAUGAUCCCAAGUGCGUUUGUCACUAAAGGCAGAUUGACCUCACAAAGGAUAAUUGAAAGAAAGGAUUUAGAAUCUUCGAUUCGUCCUUCGGAAAACUCCAUCAUUAACAAUACCAGCACUACCAGAAUGGUGUCCCUCGAGAUAUCGGAGAAAGACUCGGCGUACGGCGCCAUAUCGUUAACAAUCUAGCAGAUCCAGCCAGUGUAAUGACUAUGGCCAUUAAAACACCUGUCAUGUAGUCGCUAGUAUCGGCAUACAUGUACACUACAGCUAUCUAUAACAAAUGUUUAUCAAUCUGUAUAUAUAUACAUGUAUAAUUUAUUAUGUUAUAUGUUCUUGAUACAUUAUAUAUCGAAUUACAUGAAUGCUGUAAUAUUUAUUAUAAAAAAAAUAAUAUGAAACUAUCAUAUGAUAUUGUUAUCCUAUAUACAGUUUGUAAGGGUUUUGAUCUACCUCUUCUAAGUAAGAUACACUUUUGAUUUCCAGACGAUUAAGGCGUCCGGUUCCGGUGAAGGUGUUUUCCUUGCUGCGGUCCGAGCGCUUCUUAAAUCAAUGAUAUAUGUUGAAUAGAUGGUGUGCAAUAAUACUGAGAAGCGACUGUUCACGAAUGUAAUAAUACGCCCCAUUCUAUUGUUUGUGCUCUUUUUUUUUUAGUUUUUCUUAAGUUAUUUUAUGAUGUACCGAACGUAAUAUGUUGUUGACUAUCUUUAGUUACAUUUUAGGUCACUCUCGACAACAAGUGUUUGACAUAGUGUACGUAAUUUGUGUGUAAGUGGUCCGAAAAUAAUCAUUAACGUUGAGUAUUAUAGAUAUUCAUAUGUAUACUGUAAAGUAAUAAAGAAUUGUUUUGAAUUUGUAUAAAUCUUUGUGUUGUUUUUACGUGUGAUAAUAUAUUGAUGUAAUUCCUUGUAUAUAUCGUGGUGUUGUUUUACGUGUGAUAAUCUAUUGAUGUAAUUCCUUGUAUAUAUCGUGGUGUUGUUUUUACGUGUGAUAAUCUAUUACU